UACGAAUGCUUGAUUCCAGCCCAGAGGAGCCGCUGUGAAAACCAGCUGAAGCGCCGACCGGGCCGUGGCAAAGGAAGGAGCCAGCGGUCUGUGGGACGCAUCCGCCGCGAGGAGCCCCCUGUUGGUCUCUGUGAGAUCCAUUUUCUGCCCAUGGUAGUGGGGGCACAGGACCCCAAACACUUGCAAAGGUUGAACUGCGUGGAUCUCCGUGGAUACAGCCCCUGCCCAGAGCCCCUGCCCCUUGCGAGCUCCAGCUCCACAGCCGCUUACUGCGAACUCAACAAGAACACGCGGCGAUGCCACCGGCAGCAGCUUCCGCUGUACAAGUCUUGCCGCAUGUACCAGACAUGUGACCACGCUGUGCUGAUUGUAGGUGGCUGGCAGGAGCAGGUCACCUACCCCCGCCAUGCGCAGAACCUGCUGCUCUUCUACCAGAUGCUUCGACGGAACGGCUUCCGCCAAGAGCACAUCAAGGCCUUCUUCGCGAGCGAGGGGCAGGCCUCAGUGACUGUGGAGAUGGGCGACGUGCACCCAGCCACCGAGAAGCUGGCUAUUCGCUCCCACCUGGCCCUGGUCUGCAGGAGCCUCCACUGUGCCGACUCGCUGGUGCUCUACCUCAACAGCCCAGCAGCCAGCGAUGGCACCAUGCUGCUGUGGGAUGCCAACCGUAAUGGCAUUGCAGAUCCUAAGGAGCGGUACCCCAUCUCGGAGCUGCUAGCAGACUUGGAGAGCUGCAACGCUCGCCGGGUUCUCCUCUUCCUUGACCAGAGCUAUCCGGGGCCACUGACGAAGAAGCUGCGGGCAUCUCGGCGACAUCCCAACGUGGUGCUCAUACGUAGCACCGCCACUGCCACCACUACCACCAGCGGUGGGUCGGCGUUUGCCGAGUUCUGGGCCGGACUGCAGCCUGACCAGUGCCUCCUCCAGCAUUUAUUGCCGGUGGGUCCGUGGUCUGCAGUCUUCGGCUCGGGUACCCCAGCCCAGCUGCUCAAUGUCUCAUUAGCAGGGGCGCCCUGCCACUCUGUGCCACCCCUGGGGGAAGAGGAGCGCCAGCGCCGCUACCAAGGCUGCCAGAACCUUCCCACCAUGUUGUGGUACCAGAGCAGGCACCAGCAGCUGCAACAGGACGAUGACUGAGCCUCAGCGGGGUGCUGCCCUGGGACUUUCCUCAAGAUUGGAGCCCCAUUGACCCUUCCCCCACCCCCCAUGAGGUUUUCUUGGCUCCAGAGGACGUGGGUGGCGUUAGCGAUAGCUAACAGACAGGUUUGUUGCUGUGCAAACUGCCACACAGGACCCUCAAAAGCCUCUUCUGGGAGCCACAGCUAAAAGGAGAAGCCAGGUACACACACAUAUAAAUAUAUAUAGCCAAUCCUAUUCUGGCAUCUUCAGAUAUGGCCAAGCAUGCGGACGGAAGCAGUAGGGUGACAAUCAUUGCUAGACUAGUAAGUCAGAGCCCCACAGAAGUAUGGGAAGAGCAAGUGGGGAACAGCAGCUGCCCUAAUGCAGACACUGUGCUGCACAAACACGCACACACACCCCGGAAAUAUGGCAGUUUCCUCCCCGCCCCCUUUCACUUGGGAGCUAAAGUUGAAGAACUCUUGCAUGCAAACCCUAAAGCACCUUCUGCUGAGAGAGAUUGUGGGAAUGGGGAAUGUGCUGUAAAACAACCAGCCCCUUGAAUAAAAGGGCCACUGUUCUUGGCUUCCUCCUUCAGUUGCUGUUUUAACUUGUUGUGGUGCC